AUGGGCUUGGGGAAACUGAGACUCUCACCUUCUAUAUUAUUUAUAUUUCUGAUUUUGCAGAUUUUCUUAUCUGAGCACCAGAUGGUCAAAAAUCUUUGUCACAUAGAAAGAAGUUUCAAUCCUACAUAUAGAAAAGAAGGGGACCUAGUCAUUGCUGGAUUCCUCUCCCUUUUUUUGAAGGAACAACAUGCAGUGGACCAAUUUUUCUUCAAAAUUUAUCCCUUCAGGAUCUGCCAUAUUACAAUUGUGGACACUGAAGUCAUGUUUAAACAAUAUCAGAAUUUCCUUGCUCUUCAAUUUGCUGUUGAUGAGAUCAACAAGAACCGCUAUUUGCUGCCCAACACAACCUUGGGAUAUCAGUUACUCAAUAACUUCCAUCUGGAGAAACUAGCUGGGGAGAGUUCCUUAAUAUGGCUGUCAGGGAGAGGUCCCAUUAUCCCCAAUUAUAGCUGUGAUACACAGUCCAAUUCUGUGGCUGUCAUUGGAGGGAUGUCAGCUACACUUUCCAUGGCCAUGGCCACCAUCCUCAAACUAUAUAAAGUUCCACAGAUCAGCUAUGGUUCAUUUGAUCUUCUACUGGAUGAUAAAGUCCAGUAUCCUUAUGUAUAUCAGAUGGGGAAAGAGCAAUCUGCUCUUCAUCUGGCCUUCAUCCAAUUGAUGCUGCAUUUUGACUGGACAUAGAUAGGACUGCUUCUUUCUGAUACUCCAACAGGGGAAAGAUUCUUCAAUGAUCUGAAAGAAGAGAUGGUCAGGAAUGAUUUAUACGUGACUUUUAAGAAAAGAGUGCCCCAAAAUUUUAGAGAAAGAGAAGAAUUUGACCUAUUUUCUAGGAUUAUUUCAUCAUCAUCAAAUGUGAUUUUUUUCUAUGGAGAUGCUGAUUCCCUUAAUGAACUUUCCCGUGUAUUGAUAAUUUAUAAACCUUAUGGAAAGUUGUUUAUUACCACAUCUUCCUGGGAUUUUUCUAUUGAUGCUAGUUUUGAACAGUUCCCCACUUUUCAUGGUUCAUUACUAUUUUCUCAUACCCAGAUGGAGAUUCCUGGUUUUACAGAUUUUGUAAGAAGCCUGAAUAUAAGCGUAAAACUUGAGGACAUUUUCCAAAAAUCUUUCUGGGAGAGUGUCUUUCAUUGUAGAUUUUCCAAAAGAAAUGAGGAAGAAUUGUUCCAUCCUUUGUGCUCAAAAGAUCUUUCCUUCAGAGAUUUGUCUUCUAUGAAUAUUGACAUGAAUCUUAUGGAAACGAUUGCUAAUGUUUACAAUGCAGUGUAUUUAGUGACCCAUGCUCUCCAUCAAAUGCUCCAUUCUGAGGUAAAGGAGGCAUCAGAGCUUGCAACAAAUUUAGAUCUUCCUUGGAAGACUCCAACUUCUAGGUGCAAUCAGAAGUGUCACCCUGGAUUCAAAAAGACAGCUCUGGAAAGACAGCCCAAGUGUUGCUAUGCUUGCACCCCAUGUCCUGAAGGGACAAUUUCCAACCAGACAGAUGCAGAGCAGUGCCUGCAGUGCCCUGAAGAUCAAUAUCCUAAUAGGGAAAGAGAUCGGUGCCUUCCCAGGACUAGGACCUUCCUGGCCUAUGAGGAACCUCUGGGAAUGACUCUGGCCUGUGUAGCCAUCUGCUUUUCCCUCCUCGCUGUGCUGGUCCUGGGAGUCUUUCUGAAGCACAGGGACACCCCCACAGUCAAAGCCAAUAAUCGCAGUCUCAGCUACACUCUGCUGGUCUCCCUCAGCCUCUGCUUCCUCUGCUCCUUGCUCUUCAUUGGCCAUCCUACCACAGCCACCUGCUUGAUGCACCAAAGCACAUUCGCAGUUGUCUUCACAGUGGCCUUUUCCUCCAUUUUGGCUAAAACCAUCACUGUGGUUCUGGCCUUCAGGGCCACCAAACCAGGGAGCAGGCUCUGCAGGUGGCUGGGAUCCACAGCAUCUUACUCUCUCAUUUUCACCUGCACCCUCAUCCAAAUGUGUCUCUGUGGCAUCUGGCUUGGGACAUUCCCCCCCUUCCUGGAGAUGGACAUCCACUCUGAGCCAGGCUCCAUUAUCAUCCAGGGCAAUGAAGGCUCCCUCCUCAUCUUCUACUGUGUCCUGGGCUACAUGGCCUUGCUGGCCUUGCUGGCCUUGGCGAGCUUCACCCUGGCUUUCCUGGCCAGGAACCUGCCAGACACUUUCAACGAAGCCAAGUUCCUGACCUUCAGCAUGCUUGUGUUCUGCAGCGUCUGGAUCUCCUUCCUUCCCUCUCAGCAGAGCUCCAAGGGCAAGGCCAUUGUGGCCUUGGAAGUUUUUGCCAUCUUGACCUCCAGCACCGGGAUUCUCACUUGCAUCUUUGCUCCCAAGUGCUUUGUGAUCCUUCUAAGAGCAGAACAAAAUACUCUGCGGAUACUUAAAAAGAAAGCUACUCCCUAA